AUGGGCUUCACAAAACUUGAUGCCCCCCACUGGACCAGUGAACUGGCUUCGCCCCGUGCUUUGGACCUCGGGCCUCACUUCUCCUCCAGGGACCCCAAGUGCUCCUGCCCCACUGGCGGCUCCUGCAGCUGCGCUGGCUCCUGCACCUGCAAAGCCUGCAGAUGCACCUCCUGCAAGAAGAGCUGCUGCUCCUGCUGCCCCGUGGGCUGCGCCAAGUGUGCCCAGGGCUGCGUCUGCAAAGGGGCCUCGGACAAGUGCAGCUGCUUUGCCUGA